CUAUUGCAGAAAUCAAAAAUGUAAAAAAUAUUAUGAGAGCAAUGUCCAUCAUAUGGUACAGCAUUACUUUAAUUUUGGGGACAAUUGGAAACGGUUUAGUCAUCUGGAUUGCCAGCUUCAAGAUGAAGACAGUCAGUGCCGUCUGGUUCCUAAACUUGGCUAUUGCUGACUUUGUCACAUGUAUUUCUCUCCCCUUACGUAUAUCUGAGUGGGCUUUGUAUUGGCAAAUUCCUUAUGAUCACUUUCUAUGUAAGGCUGGUGUAACAAUUCUCUUCAUAAACAUGUUGAGCAGUGUCUAUUUCAUGACCGUCAUCAGCAUUGAUCGACUUGUCUCAAUUUUUUGGCCAAUCUGGACCAAAAUACACAGGACGCCCAGGUUAGCCACCAUCAUAGCGGUACUGGUUUGGUUGCUGUGCCUACUUACUAGUAUCCCUCACCUGGUGUUUAACCAUGGGUUUGAAUAUGUCACUGAGUGCUAUCCUAAAUAUGAAAAUAUUUUAGAAGCCAAUGUGGAGAGAAAGACAAAGGCAAUGUUUAUCACAAGAAAUAUCUGCAUGUUUGCAUUCCCAUUUGCCAUCAUCCUAAUAUCAUAUUGCCUAAUUUUAUUUAAGAUAAGAGCAAUUAGGAAAUCAAAUCGGUCUCACAGACCUUUCCGAGUUAUCACCGCUGUCAUAGUAUGCUUCUUCAUCUGCUGGUUUCCAUAUAACUCAUGGCCAUUAAUAACUCUAAAGCUAAAAUACCAGAUAAUUGAUAUUGUUAUUACAGAAGUUACAGUCUGCUUAGCUUAUUUCAGCAGCUGCAUCAACCCCAUACUCUAUGUCUUCUUUUCCCACGACUUCAAGAAAAACGUUGUAAAGUCUAUACCAGCCGUGUUGGAAAAUGCUUUAAAUGAACAGCCUGAUGUUAAUUGUAAGGACAACAAAGCCACCAUGUCUCCAACUCUAAAUUUGGAUUCAUCAUCUUUAUAAAUAGUUUUACUAUAGAGAACAUUAAAAUGUUCACUGGAUGAUAUUCUCACAAAUAUUAUAUAUUGCUUAAUAGAAAUCACACAGCAUUGGCUUGUAGUACAUACAUUCUAGCUGAUUGAUUUUGCACAGAUCUGAACUUAUGUUGCUUAUGUCCAUACAAUGUGUCCUCUCAGUGAUAAAUUGCAUUUCACCUCCUGGAGCUUCCAGAAGGGAAGAUUUCGAAGGCUGAUAUGAUUGGGACGUUCACUGUGUUCCAUCUUUAAUGUAUUUGGGCGUAUAGUUGUAUUUAUUUUGCAAAGCAUAUAAUAUAUUUUGAAACUUAUU